AUGAAUAGGCCAGGUUCGUCAUUUUCCUUUAAUGCCCUUGAAACCCUUGUCGUGCCUUAUCUUGUACCUCCGCGGAAUGCAUUGGAUCGCGGACUAUACCUCGACGAUGAUCGUGAAUGUGCUUGCCAGUCAAAACGGGCCAGCGAUUUGAGCAUCAAGGAGUUUUGUGCUCCAAUGGCACGCCUCGCAGCCGGUGCCUUCAUUUGCGACCGAGACAUUGCUGCAGGGACACGCCGAUACAUUCCUGUGGUAGUGUUCCCAGCAAGCGUGUCUCGACGCGAAACGAUCGAAGAUCGUACUGACUUGUCACGCUUGUGUCAGGACCAGACCCGCAUCUGCUAA